GCCGAAGCUGCUACGGACCUUUAAAAAGGAAAAGAACUCAAAGUUUAUUCUUGGGGCCCGAUCCAACUCUUCCAGAGUUGUUCAUGAAGCCUCGAGCGAGUUCUACGUCGGGAAUGCCGUAUUGAAUCGUGAAUUUUACCCAGUUUACUGCUCCCUGCAAGGAGGUAUUAUCAUGCCUUUUGCCCUGGCGGUAAAACACUACAAAUACACUUGGUCAACACCAGCAUUGGUGCCUUUUGCUGAUGCCCUGAUUGGACUUAGUGCUGAGGCGUAUGGCUGGAAGGUAAAACAUAGCCACGCUUUCUCUCUGGAACAUAUAGGACCGAAUGAUGCUUGUCCCUUGAGUUCUCGAUUCACAGCAAUAUCCCCUAUCUUUUAUAACAUUCCUACAAUCUGGCAACAGCUACAUGAUAGGAUGUACAUGAAGGAGUGUGAUAACCCAGAUCUGGAUGUAAUCUACGCGGGAAAAGUUGCAGAUAAUGCCAGGUAUUUCAAAACGGUCUUGAAAACUGUUAGAGAAAGUUCCGAGGUCAGCUGUGUGGAGCAAGAUUUGUUCAUGAUAGUGCUUAUCUCAUCCCAUCCAGCACGUAAACAUUCCCGGGACACUAUACGUGGAACCUGGGCCAACAAGGACUUCUUGGGUUCUCUCUCAAAGAAGGUCAAGGUGUUCUUUCUCAUUGGACAACCCGAUCCAUUGAAUCCUGCGCUAAGAUUAACCUUGGACGAAGAGCACGAUCAGAACCGUGAUCUCCUAGAGGGGAAUUUCCUCGACACGUUCAAGAACCUCACCUUGAAACACAUGUUCGGUUUGACCUGGACGGCAGAUCACUGCAGCAAUGCAAAGUAUUUCUUGAAGGGUGAUGACGAUGUCUUUGCAAAUCUGGAAAACAUCAUCAACCUCCUGCAGGAGAUGAACAGCCAUGGCAGGGGUCUUCGUGAACUGUACCUAGGAGAUGGAGGAAGGGAAUACCGCAACAGGGAUCAGAAUAGCAAAUACCAUGUGUCGUCUGAAGAAUACAGCGGCAGGGUCUUCCCGCAAUACUGCGUGGGUGGAGGCUACGUGCUUUCCAUGGACCUGGUAGUCCGCGUUCUGCAGGAAGCACUGCGGACACCAAUGCUGUCUUCAAGGGAUGAUGUCUUCGUUGGUAUCCUCAUGAAGAAGAUACAGGUGCCUCUGGUCUACAAUGAAGGUUUUCUUUACACCAUGGGACCUACUGAUACCUGUUCCCUGAGGGACAAGAGUUUCAUGGUGAUGCAUGUUCAUGAUAAUGUCGAGGCACUUUUAAAGAUUUGGAGGAAUUUCAUGAAAACCGAUGUGCAGUGUUAGUCUAUUUGGGGAGCCAGAAGUGCGUUGACAAGGUUAAUGUAGACGUGUUGGGGCAUAUAGUUGAUACAACAGCGGACUGUGGAUCAAAUGGUUCAUGGUUCGAGUCUCACUGUGGCACCUAU